AUGGGUUCAGUGAAGAAACUAGCAAAGAAGGUGAUGUUCGACCGCGAGUCCUCGCAAUACGAGUGUUUGCCACGGGAGAGAGAAUUGCAAUUGCCUUCCGCGGCCCCAACUGGGUUUUUCUCCCUAGCUAUGUUGGAGAGGAGAGACGACAAUUCGUGGUGCCAACCAGAGAGGCCCUACGACGAGUUCGGGUUUGAGCAAAGUAAUGGGCUAGUGGUUCCAUUUAGUGUUACUGCUUUCCAAGAGGUGGUAAAUGCUGUGGAGUGCUGCAAUGGAAGGUUUGAUUUUGGAAAUUUAGUUGAUGAGUUUAUUUAG